CAAUAAUGGAUCAAAUUUUUGCACCAGAAUAUUUUGAUACUAUUUUUAGAUUCCUUCCAACUAAUAAAGAUUUGCAUUCUUGUCUCUUGGUUAAUAAACGUUGGCUACUUGUGCCGUUCCAAUUUUAUGGGAAGCUCCCUUCAAGAUUAAUGGCAAGAACAUUCCAUCUUUCAAAGUGA